UCAGACCAGUUUCUCAAAUCAGAACCAUCAUAUUAGAGUAUAGAGUAUAGAGACGACCAUUAACAGGACCAUUUCAUAUCUGUACAUCAUUAACCAUGGGCAUCUUCUACAAAGUUGUUCUUAUUUCUUUAGUGUUAAACAUAUGGAGAGGCGCUGAAGGCUGGUCAUACCAUUCCUCAACAAACACUAUGAACUGGGAAUCUGCCAGACACUGGUGCAAGCAGCAUUACACCGACAUGGUAGCCAUCCAGAACAAAGAUGAAAUUUAUCACCUCAACAGUAUCCUUCCAAAAGUCAGUGGAUAUUACUGGAUUGGCAUUCGCAAAAUUAAUGGCAUUUGGACCUGGGUGGGAACUAAUAAGAUGCUUACCAAGGAAGCUGAGAACUGGGCGAAGAAUGAGCCCAAUAAUGGAAGAAAUAAUGAAGACUGUGUGGAAAUAUACAUUAAAAGAGGGAAAGAUGAAGGCAAAUGGAAUGAUGAAUCCUGCUUAAAGAAGAAGACUGCACUGUGCUACACAGCAUCCUGCAAAGACGACUCCUGUGUCAGUGGCCGAGGAGAGUGUGUUGAAACCAUAAACAGCCAUAAAUGCACAUGCCUUGGGGGUUUCUAUGGAGACCGAUGUGAACAUGUUGUAAAAUGCAAAUCAGAGGACAUCACCGCACCAGAUCAUGCUAGGGUCCAGUGCUCCCAUCCUCAUAAAAACUUCUCAUAUGACUCUCAAUGUGUAUACUCCUGUGAGGAGGGUUAUGAACUAAAGGGUUCCAGAACAACAAGAUGCACUUCUAGCACAGAGUGGUCAAACAAACCACCAACCUGUGAACUUGUUCAAUGUCCAGAGCUGACCGAACCACAGGAAGGCCAAAUGCAAUGCCACCAUCCCAUGAGCCAGUUCAGCUACCAAUCAACCUGUGAGUUUAUGUGUAAAGAAGGACACACGCUGCAAAACUCCAGCUCUUCCACGCUGUUCUGUGGGGCAACGGGACACUGGAAUGAUUCACAACCCACUUGUGAAAUUAUAAAAUGCAAACAAGAGGACAUCACCCCACCAGAUCAUGCGAGCGUCCAGUGCUCCCAUCCUCAUAAAAACUUCUCAUAUGACUCUCAAUGUGUAUACUCCUGUGAGGAGGGUUAUGAACUAAAGGGUUCCAGUGCAACAAGAUGCACUUCUAGCACAGAGUGGUCAAAUAAACCACCAACAUGUGAACUUGUUCAAUGUCCAGAGCUGACCAAACCACAGGGAGGCAUAAUGCAGUGCCAAGAUCCCAUGGGCCAGUUCAGCUACCAAUCCACCUGUGAGUUUAUGUGUAAUGAAGGACACACGCUGCGAAACACCAGCUCUUCCACACUGUUCUGUGGGGCAACGGGACACUGGAAUGAUUCACAACCCACUUGUGAAAUUAUAAAAUGCAAACAAGAGGACAUCACCGCACCAGAUCAUGCUAGGGUCCAGUGCUCCCAUCCUCAUAAAAACUUCUCAUAUGACUCUCAAUGUGUAUACUCCUGUGAGGAGGGUUAUGAACUAAAGGGUUCCAGAACAACAAGAUGCACUUCUAGCACAGAGUGGUCAAACAAACCACCAACAUGUGAACUUGUUCAAUGUCCAGAGCUGACCAAACCACAGGAAGGCCAAAUGCAAUGCCACCAUCCCAUGAGCCAGUUCAGCUACCAAUCUACCUGUGAGUUUAUGUGUAAAGAAGGACACAAGCUGCGAAACUCCAGCUCUUCCACACUGUUCUGUGGGGCAACGGGACACUGGAAUGAUUCACAACCCUCUUGUGAAAUUGUAAAAUGCAAACAAGAAGACAUCACUACACCAGAUCAUGCUAGGGUCCAGUGCUCCCAUCCUCAUAAAAACUUCUCAUAUGACUCUCAAUGCGAAUAUUUCUGUGAGGAGGGUUAUGAACUAAAGGGUUCCAGAAAGACAAGAUGCACUUCUAGCACAGAGUGGUCAAACAAACCACCAACAUGUGAACUUGUUCAAUGUCCAGAGCUGACCAAUCCACAGGAAGGCCAAAUGCAAUGCCACCAUCCCAUGGGCCAGUUCAGCUACCAAUCCACCUGUGAGUUUAUGUGUAAAGAAGGACACACGCUGCGAAACACCAGCUCUUCCACGCUGUUCUGUGGGGCAACGGGACACUGGAAUGAUUCACAACCCUCUUGUGAAAUUGUAAAAUGCAAACAAGAGGACAUCACCGCACCAGAUCAUGCUAGCAUUAACUGCUCUCAUCCUAAUGAAAACUUCUCAUAUGACUCUCAAUGUGUAUACUCCUGUGAGGAGGGUUAUGAACUAAAGGGUUCCAGAACAACAAGAUGCACUUCUAGCACAGAGUGGUCAAACAAACCACCAACAUGUGAACUUGUUCAAUGUCCAGAGCUGACCAAACCACAGGAAGGCCAAAUACAAUGCCAAGAUCCCAUGGGCCAGUUCAGCUACCAAUCAACCUGUGAGUUUAUGUGUAAAGAAGGACACAAGCUGCGAAACUCCAGCUCUUCCACACUGUUCUGUGGGGCAACGGGACACUGGAAUGAUUCACAACCCUCUUGUGAAAUUGUAAAAUGCAAACAAGAAGACAUCACCCCACCAGAUCAUGCGAGCGUCCAGUGCUCCCAUCCUCAUAAAAACUUCUCAUAUGACUCUCAAUGUGUAUACUCCUGUGAGGAGGGUUAUGAACUAAAGGGUUCCAGUGCAACAAGAUGCACUUCUAGCACAGAGUGGUCAAAUAAACCACCAACAUGUGAACUUGUUCAAUGUCCAGAGCUGACCAAACCACAGGGAGGCAUAAUGCAGUGCCAAGAUCCCAUGGGCCAGUUCAGCUACCAAUCCACCUGUGAGUUUAUGUGUAAUGAAGGACACACGCUGCGAAACACCAGCUCUUCCACGCUGUUCUGUGGGGCAACGGGACACUGGAAUGAUUCACAACCCACUUGUGAAAUUAUAAAAUGCAAACAAGAAGACAUCACCGCACCAGAUCAUGCGAGCGUCCAGUGCUCCCAUCCUCAUAAAAACUUCUCAUAUGACUCUCAAUGUGUAUACUCCUGUGAGGAGGGUUAUGAACUAAAGGGUUCCAGAACAACAAGAUGCACUUCUAGCACAGAGUGGUCAAACAAACCACCAACAUGUGAACUUGUUCAAUGUCCAGAGCUGACCAAACCACAGGAAGGCCAAAUGCAAUGCCACCAUCCCAUGAGCCAGUUCAGCUACCAAUCUACCUGUGAGUUUAUGUGUAAAGAAGGACACAAGCUGCGAAACUCCAGCUCUUCCACGCUGUUCUGUGGGGCAACGGGACACUGGAAUGAUUCACAACCCACUUGUGAAAUUGUAAAAUGCAAACAAGAAGACAUCACUACACCAGAUCAUGCUAGGGUCCAGUGCUCCCAUCCUCAUAAAAACUUCUCAUAUGACUCUCAAUGUGUAUACUCCUGUGAGGAGGGUUAUGAACUAAAGGGUUCCAGAAAGACAAGAUGCACUUCUAGCACAGAGUGGUCAAACAAACCACCAACAUGUGAACUUGUUCAAUGUCCAGAGCUGACCAAUCCACAGGAAGGCCAAAUGCAAUGCCACCAUCCCAUGGGCCAGUUCAGCUACCAAUCAACCUGUGAGUUUAUGUGUAAAGAAGGACACACGCUGCGAAACUCCAGCUCUUCCACACUGUUCUGUGGGGCAACGGGACACUGGAAUGAUUCACAACCCACUUGUGAAAUUGUAAAAUGCAAACAAGAGGACAUCACCGCACCAGAUCAUGCUAGCAUUAACUGCUCUCAUCCUAAUGAAAACUUCUCAUAUGACUCUCAGUGUGUAUACUCCUGUGAGGAGGGUUAUGAACUAAAGGGUUCCAGAACAACAAGAUGCACUUCUAGCACAGAGUGGUCAAAUAAACCACCAACAUGUGAACCUUCUCCUGAUCCCUCUGCAUCGCCCUUCGAAGUGACAGAAGUGACUCUUGGGGUUGGAGGUGCUGUCGGCGCCUCCAGUCUGGGCUUAGUUCUCUGGAUACUGAAGAGACUGAGGAGAAAAGCUAGCAAUUUUGACCUAAACAGUACCUCGGAUACUGAGGAUCCACCACAGUUUUAUAAGAACAGUGUUGACAGUCUCAUAUAGACCAAAAUACCAUCAAAUAGCAGACAGUAUAUAAGGACAACUGCCUCGCUGGAAUAAAAAUGUAUGUCAUCACAAAUGAUUUGAGACACUUGGAUAUUUUAAACUUUGAGCGGCAAUUUCAGUUACUAGGCAACAGUAACUGAAUGUAAUUUCUCCUUCCCAACGGAAGCGUUAAUUAUUUACUUGACUGAACAUAUUGUUCUGUAGCCUACUAUUUAAAUGUCCUAUUUUUAUGUUAUUAAUAUACACAUUUCUUGUACUAUUUAUUGUUCCUAAACCCUAUUGGUCCUAUUAAACUGUUUUAACAUAUAAACCAAUAAAGUGUGACAUUUAUGACAUCGCGACUUGGUGUUUGAAUGCAUUUUCCACUUUCAGAUGAGCAUCUGAAACUUAAAAAAAAAAGCAUAUAUUUUUCAACAUGAAAGCAUAAAUGAACAUUUACUGUAACUGGUCAUUCCAUUUGUAGAAUCAUUAGCUGUAAAUGUGAACCUUAACACCUAAAUAAAAGCUGGAAG